UUGUCUGGAGUCCCCUCCAGUCCUGAGCACACUCUCAGAGAGAGAGGGGACAAGGAGGGCCAGUCUCUCUGAUCAGGUCAUAGUGAAGAUUUGUGUGGCUGUGACCAUGCGUGUGGUGACUGUCUUCUUCUUGUCUGCCCUGCUUCCACUCUCUCUCCCCCAACGGGACGCUUUCGACUGGCUCUACGGCAAUCAAGGCUCAGGAUACAGUGUUAGCGCCCUGCUGCCAGAAACCAGAGGAAGGGAGUGUCCCGAUGAGUGUGACUGUCCCCCCUCCUUCCCAGUCGCCAUGUACUGUGAUGGGCGGGGCCUGACAGCCAUGCCAACCAUUCCCUCCCGUAUGAAAUACUUAUACCUCCAAAAUAAUGCCAUCACAGCUGUGCCCGACUCAGCUCUAGUCAGUGCAACCAAUCUAGUGUGGCUCAUGAUGCACUACAACCAGCUGACAUCUGACGCCAUUGGCAAGAAGGCAUUUCUGAAAUUGGAGAGACUUGAGCGUUUAUAUCUACAGCACAACAAUUUGACCAGUAUACCUUCAAACCUCCCUCGCACGUUGCGAGACCUGAGAAUCAACAACAACAAGAUUAAAAAGGUAACGCCUGCAGACCUAGGAGGAAUGGAUAACCUCACUGUCCUGUAUCUCCAUGACAACGCUGUCAUGGACAUGGGCACAUCACUGAAGGCUCUGAAAUCCCUCACACUGCUGGACAUCAGUGGCAACAAGUUGACAAAGGUCCCAGAGGCACUCCCAGAACAUCUGCACCAACUCUACAUUGAGUCCAACUCUAUUGACUCUCUCCCAGAGGGGUUUCUGGGCCGUCUCACUCAGCUGCAGUAUGUCAGGAUGGCCCACAACGUGCUAACAGACAAGGGAAUCCCUCCCAACACCUUCAAUGUGACUGGGCUGGUGGAGCUGGACCUGAGCUUCAAUAAACUAGAGAGAAUCCCCACAGUGAGCACCACACUACAGCAUCUCUAUCUGCAAGCCAACCAGAUCAAAGAGUUCACGCUGGGUAGUUUCUGCAGCGUUGUUGAUGUGACCAACUUCUCCAAACUGCAGACUCUGCGACUGGACGGGAACGAGAUCAGUAGCCAGGACAUCCCUUCAGAGUCAUCCCUCUGCUUGCGUCAGGCUUCUUACAUUGAGGUCUAACUGUGUGUAUGAUACAGUGUGUGGCACAAACCAAAGCACAGCAGGGCUGAUUUAAAUCUUUAAUCGUAAAUCUUUCAAAAUUAUGAGUUUCCCUAAAAUAUUGGAUAAAUGGCCCAAUCUGGUUUGAUUAGAAUAAAGGUAAAUGAGUCCUUUGCCAGUGUAUAAGCCUAAUAAGAUACUGUAUGAGCCAUAUAUGAUGUUUCUGUUUUGCAUAUUGAAAAUGAUCUGUCCCUGAUCUUCCUUAUAUGUUGCUGUGAGGAUCAAGGAUCUUUAGAAACCAACGUUUUAGCCGUCUUUAUCUUACCUUUCUCUGUGUCUUCCUACAAAGCAUGCCUUCCACUGUUUCAUCUGACAAGUUUAUGAUAAAAGUAUUAUGUAUCAUGCAUGA